UCAUCUAUGACAUUCCAUUCCUAUAGAGAAAGAGAGGGAUGGAAUAUAAGCAUUUUAGCCACUACCAUGGCCUAGUUUUCCACCAGUUGCCACAAGGAACUGAAAUCCAUUGUUCCGGUUGCAAAACCACCGCGUCGGGCUUGGUUUAUGCGUGUUGGCAGUGCCGUUACUUCCUCCAUGAUCAAUGUUUUCAAGCGACUCGAUCGAUGAGUCACCCUUCUCAUCCUCUACAUCCCUUAACUUUAGUACCUUAUCCAACAUAUCCCUCUAAUUCAUUUUUCUGCAAUUCUUGCAAUCUCGUAGGAAAUGGCUUCACUUAUUGUUGUUCUGAAUGUGACUUUGAUCUACAUGUCCAUUGUGCUUAUAAUCCAACAAACCCACCUGCUAAUUUCCCGAAUUUCGCAGUCGAAAAUCCUCAUUCUGCACCAAAUUUGCCUCAAAGUAGCACCUAUCCCUCCUUUCAAAACAACCCUUAUCCAAACUUUCCUCCUAAUCCAUCAGUCCCAAAUGUUCAAACCCCCGUUCAAAACAAUCCUGUGCCAGUUUUUGCCCCAACUAAUCCAACAGUGCCAAAUUUUAGUCCUCCGGUGAGUGUCGCCAACGUAAAUCCGACACCACCGGCUCCUCAGACCGAGAACUUUCAACAACCUCCGACGAUCAAACCUCAAACGAAACCUCAAGUAAUAAAGCACUUCAGCCAUCCACAUAUUUUGCAGCCUAUUGAAAUUAAGGACAAAAAUACUAAAGUUUGUUCUGCUUGUGAGUGUGACCUAUUCGGCUCGGCUUAUUGUUGCAUCGAGCCCUAUUGCAAUUUCAAUCUCCACAAGGUGUGCUUCGAAUCUCCCUUAGAGGUUCGACAUAAAUCCCACCUCGACCACCCUCUGAAGCUACUCACUGCACCGCCUUACGACGAUGGAUUUACUUGCAAUGCUUGCCUUAAAGAUGGUAAGGCUUUUUGUUACACUUGCUCGACUUGCUCGUAUGAUCUCCAUAUCGACUGCAUUUCUUGGCCGGAAACCAUGACCCGCGGAGAUCACAAACACCCCCUCGCAUUGUAUUACUCCCCAGUGGCGGGAGAGGGAAAUCAGGUGACGUUCAUGUGUGAUGUGUGUAAGAGCCCUGUCCAUGAUUUGGCCUGGCUCUACUAUUGUCGAGAGUGCGAUUUCGGUACUCAUUUGGAAUGCAUAACUUCUGGAAUAAAAGAGAAUCCAAAUGUCCCGAAAACGGACGAAGAAUUGAUUCGUGAAACUGAACUCAAAUUGGCAGUACUUCAGCUCUUACUCAAUGGAGGCAUUGCUUGUGUAACUACAUAAUUUUCUUGUGACAAGUCUUUCCAUUUUCUCUUUCAAUUCGGAUUUGUGUAGUUUAUCCAUCCAUUAUAAGCCUAAUUUUAUUUUUCUUAAGCUUUUGUCAUUUUUUCUUUAAUCAUAUUGUUGAAUCUUGAAUCUCAUCAUCAAAUC